AUGGCCGACGUCAAGCCUGGCGAUAAAGACGCUACCGCCGAGCGCGUGCUCAAGACCGAUCUCUGGCAGUAUGGCCGCAGGACACGCACCGACGGGCCCUACGCCGACAACUUGGACGUUGAUGCCAUCAUUGUCGGCGGUGGCUUCGGCGGGAUCAUGUGUUUGUAUGAGUUGAGGAAGAAGGGCUUGAACGUCGUCUUGUUCGAGGCUGGCACUGGCUACGGAGGUACUUGGCGCUGGAACGUGUACCCCGGUGCUAGGGUGGAUUCCCCCGUGCCUAUCUAUGAGCUUGCCAUUCCGGAGGUCUACAAGGACUGGACCUGGACCACCAACUACCCCGACUGGACCGAGCUGCAAGCCUACUUCGACCACUGCGACAAGGUGCUGGACUUGCAAAAGGACACUGCCUUCGAAAGCGUCGUCACUGGAGCGGAAUUCGACACCAAAGAGGGCAAAUGGAACAUCAAGACUGCGGACGGGCGCAAUGCCAAGUGCAAGUACUUUGUCGUGGCAGCCGGCUUUGCCGCGAAGCGAUAUAUCCCGGAUGUCCCCGGCCUCGACUCGUUCAAGGGUAUCAUCCACCACUCUUCCUUCUGGCCGGCCGAGGGCGUGAACUUCAAGGGCAAGAAGACUGCAGUCAUCGGCACCGGCGCGUCGGGAGUCCAGAUCAUCCAAGAAAUGGGAGACCAGGCAGAAAACUUGACCGUCUACCAGCGCACGCCCAAUCUCGCCCUUCCCAUGGGCCGCCGCGACAUCACCGCCGAGGAGCAGAACAAGCUCAAGCCCUUCUACCCGGAGAUCCACGAGAUGCGCGAGAGGUGUUUCGCCGGCUUCCACUACGAUUUGUGCGAGCGCAACACGUGGGAUGACACUCCGGAGGAGCGACACGCGUUCCACGAGGCGCUCUGGAACCAGAAGGGCUUUGCCUUGUGGCUGGGCGGAUAUAAAGACUACCUCUUUGACUACAAGUCCAACAUGGAGGCAUACAACCUGUGGCGGAGGAAGCAGUCUCCGCGUGUCAAGGACCCGAAGAAGAAGGAGAUUCUGUUCCCCGAGCAGGCACCGCAUCCGUUCGGUGUGAAGCGGCCUUGCUUGGAGCAAAACUACUACGAGAUCCUGGACAAGGACACCGUCGAGGUUGUCAACAUCAACUCUAAGAACGGUACUCCGAUUGAACGAUUCACCGAGAAGGGCAUUGUCGUUGAUGGCAAGGAGAGAGAGCAUGAUAUUAUCGUGCUAGCCACGGGCUUCGAUGUCGUCACUGGUGGCAUGACCAACAUGGGCCUCAAGAGCAUCCACGGCACCUACCUCCAAGACGAGUGGAAGGCCGCCGCAAACACCUACCUGGGCACCACCAUCUCCGGCUACCCCAACAUGUUCCACUUGUACGGCCCGCACGGCCCAACGCUGCUGUCCAACGGGCCCAGCAGUGUCGAGAUCCAGGCCAGAUGGAUCAAGGACGCCAUCACCAAGAUCCACCGCGGCGGCAUCAAGUACGUCAACCCGACAAAGGAGGCCAGUGAUGCGUGGAAGCAGAGGAUCAACGACUUGGCCGCGCCAACUCUAUUCCCUACGACCGUGAGCACCUACAUGGGCAGUGGUCUGCCGGGCAAGGCUUUCGAGAUGACUUGCUACGCAGGAGGCGUGAAUGCGUAUGGCCCUGAGAUUAGGAAGGCUUUGGAUGGAUGGACUGGAUUCGAGGUGGUCAAGGCUUGA